AAGGACAUGCUGCUGCUGAAUAGGUUCUCUGUAUGGCUCUCUGCGUUCGCUGUGCUUUUGCUGACUCAGCCCAUCUCCACAUCAGAGGUCAUGGCCUGCGGAGCUGCGGUGGAUCCACCUGCUAAUAUUGAGAUAACAGAUCCUGGCUUUCUGGGUUACCUCAAUAUCCAGUGGACUCGUCCAGCUAGCCUUCAGAACCUCACGGGCUGCACAGUGCGAUACCAGCUCCGAUACUUUGACACCUACGAGGAGCGAUGGAGGAGUGUUCGAACUGUCAAACUGACCUACGCUGCCCAGUUUGACCUUGAGAAACCAGUCAAAUUGAGAAUCCUCACUGUACUGAAGUGCGCCUGUACCAACGGGACAGAAGUCCAGGGAGAAGAGACGGAGACAGUGUACACACCUGAACCCACAGGUUUGGCAGGCUCAAGAAUAAGAGAUUUUCACUGUAUCUACUAUGGGAAGGAGCACAUGGAGUGCACCUGGAAGUCAGGACCUGUCCAGCCUCCAAAUUCAGAGCACUACCUCUAUUACUGGCACAGGGAAAUGGAAGAAACAAAGGAAUGUCCAGAAUACAUUGUAUCAUCAAACAAUGAGAGAGGAUGCAGGUUUCCUCGCCAAUCACUCUUGGAGUUUUCCAAGUUUAAUAUGUGUGUCAACGGAUCUUCUUCAACAGGGAGUCUAAGACCAGCCUACUUCUCCAUUGAGAUCCAAAACUAUGUAAAGCCUGCAGCGGUCUCUUCUCUGGACGUGUUAGAGACUGAUGGACGGUUGAAGUUAGAAUGGGCGCCACCUAGCGGUCAGGUGCCAGAACACUGCUUGGAUUAUGAGGUGGAGAGCAGCACUCUAAUGGCAAAUGGCAAAGAACUGAAGCAAACGGAGAUUCUGGAGAAUCUGGAUCUGGGCACAUCUUAUGAGCUCCCGAGAGAAGCAGAAAGUAAGAAAACCUGCUUUAAUCUCAGAUCGAAAGUGAAUAUGUACUGCGCUGAUGGAGGAUUCUGGAGCGACUGGAGCCAAACAAAAUGUACAGAAGUCAAACCAACAUUGAAUUAUCGUUUGCUGGACCUGGUGAUGAUUGGCACUGCUGGAGUCAUCAUCUUCUGUCUUUCCUUAUGGAUAUUAACGAGGAUCUGCAUAAAGCCGUGCAGCAAGAAGGAUGUCAUCUACACGCUGUACAAGCAGAAGGUCAACGAGAACAUGCCUUCAAUCUUCAGCCCCAUUUUCAAGUGAUGAUGCUUCCUAUGACCUGCUUUUGCUGCAUUACCAUUCAUACCUAAUACUACAUCACUAAAUGCACACUACUCAGA